ACUCGCUUGAGUGACGGGUAUGCCGAGCAAUCAGCGCGUCGAAGCGGCCUCGGACGAGCCAAUCAGCGGAGGACAAAUGGAAACGAGAGGACCGAGAUGGCAGAAAGCCCCGCCCCUGCUCCACCUCCUUGUUGCCAUAGUAACGUUGCCAUAGUAACGUGGCAACACCGGCGCAGAAGUGUUUUUCUAAACAUGAGCAGACAAAAGUUCUUCACUUCUGCUGAAGUCUCUGCUCACAACACCGCCGACGACCUGUGGGUGUCGUUCCUGGGUAAAGUCUGUGACCUGACACCCCUGAUGACCCAGAACAAAGGCGACGUUCUGCUCUUACCCAUUAUGGAGUCUGCAGGAAGUGACAUCAGCAGCUGGUUCGACCCUGAAACCAAAGACAUCCUGAAACAUGUGGAUCCACUGACUAACUGUGUGAGGUACUACACCCCCAGGGGGCGCUUCGUGCACGUCUCCCCAGCCGGCCCUCGCUCCGAUUGGGCCAACGACUUUGGCGAGCCCUGGUGGAAGGAUCGACGCUACGAGGUGGGACUGCUGACGACUAAAGCCAGGUGGAUACGAGUCAUCAACGUGCAGACGUCACAGGAGCAGCAGCUGCAGGUGUGUUCAGAGGAGACUCUGGACGAGAUCCUCCAGCGUUACCUACGCUACAACUCUCACGCCCGUAGCUACAGCUGGAAACAUGAAGGAGUAAGUCUGGACAUGAGCAGGACGCUCAGUGAAAACAACGUCCCUGAUGAAGACCACAAGCUCGAGGAGCUGCGACUGGACAGCGACCUCUUCAUCACCGCCAUCCUCCUCCACUUCAGUGAUGACCUCACAGAGGGGUGACCUCUGACAUCAUGAGGGCCCAGUGGACAGGUGUGACAUCACAACACGCGUGUCACCUGACAGGAAACUGAACUGCAGCUGUGAGAAAAGUAAAUAAAUAAAAAUUAAAAGAGA